AUGCGCGCCACGACCGCGUCCAUUCUUUCCGCCUCGCUCCUCCUGGGGCAGGCAUCCGCCGCUCUUCCGCCCAUUAUCAUGAAGGGCAGCAAGUUCUUCUACGAAAAUGGCACACAAUUCUUCAUGAAGGGCAUCGCGUAUCAGCAAGACGUGGCUGCUGGGGGUGCCUCGACCGGCAGCACCAAGUAUUCCGACCCUCUGGUCAACGAGGCGGCUUGCAAGCGCGACGUGCCUCUUCUCAAGGCGCUCCACACCAACACUAUCCGGACGUACGCCAUCGACCCCAAGGGCGACCACGACACAUGCAUGAAGCUGCUGGAUGAUGCCGGCAUCUACGUCAUCAGCGAUCUUGGCGAGCCCUCGCUGUCCGUCAACCGCGACACCCCGGCCUGGAACGUCGAGCUGUUCGAGCGCUACACCGGCGUGGUUGACAACCUCAGCAAGUACAGCAACGUGAUCGGCUUUUUCGCCGGUAACGAGGUGUCUAACAACAACACCAACACCCCCGCCUCGGCCUACGUCAAGGCGGCCGUCCGCGACACCAAGGCGUACAUCAAGAAGAACGUCGACCGCUGGAUGGGCGUCGGCUACGCCGCCAACGAUGACCCGUUCAUCCGCUCCCAGAUCGCCGAGUACUUCAACUGCGGCGAGCAGAGCGACGCCAUUGACUUCUGGGGCUACAACAUCUACUCGUGGUGCGGCAAGAGCAGCAUGUCUGACUCUGGCUACGACACUCAAGUCGAGUUCUUCCGCAACUUCUCUGUCCCGGUGUUCUUCGCCGAGUACGGCUGCAACAUCCCCAACGGCGCCGAUGGCCGUAUCUGGCAGGAGACCACGGCCCUGUACUCGAAGGAGAUGACCGACGUUAUGUCCGGCGGCAUCGUGUACAUGUACUUCCAGGAGGCCAACGAUUACGGCCUCGUCGAGCUCUCGGGCUCGUCCGUCUCCACCAUGAAGAACUACGACACACUCAAGAACGUCAUUUCCAAGGUCGACCCCUCGGGCACCUCGAUGGACGAAUACAAGCCGACCAACACGGCCGCCGCCUGCCCCGCCAUCGGCAAGGACUGGAAGGUCAAGGGCGGCACGCUGCCGCCGACGCCCGACUCCUCCCUCUGCGACUGCAUGUACAAGUCGCUGACCUGCGUGCCGGCCGACGACCUGAAGCCCAAGGCGUACGGCGCCAUCUUCGACUUCAUCUGCGACGCCAGCAAGGAGAGCUGCGCCGGCAUCAACGGCAACACCACGUCGGGCGUCUACGGCGCCUACUCCAUGUGCGGCGCCCGCGAGAAACUCGGCUACGUCCUCGACCAGUACUACCAGAACCAGAACAACGCCGCCGACGCUUGCGACUUCAAGGGCCAGGCCACCCUGCAGAAGGCCGCCGACGAGAGCACCUGCAGCGACGCCCUCGCCAGCGCCAGCUCCGCCAACGCCGUCGCCGCCACCGCCACCAGCGCCACCGACACCAACUCCAGCGACGCCGAGGAGAGCAGCAACGCCGCCAUGGCCGGUGGGCCGCUGCGGGGCGCCUUUGCCAUUGGUGAGCUGGCUGUUGGUCUGUACGUCGUCGUGGCCAUGGGUGUGGGUGCGUCGAUGGUGCUGUUGUAG